GUGAACGCUAAGUGACUCAAACUCAACACGAAGAAGAAGCUUUUCUCCUUUUGAAACAUGUGGGUUUUUGUUUUUUUUCAUUUGUUUUUUCAGAUUGUAUAAAUAACUUUUUAUUUUUUUAUUGAGAAUGCCACUGGAGUACACAAGUCAGGUGAGUUUAUUAUGUUUCUGAUAGAGAGAAGAAAUGCUACUGCUUAGCCCUCGACUCAAACUAACGUUGUUUGGGAUGCCAGCACGGCGGAGUUACAGACUCCCUGCUCUAUCCGUGCUGACUAGGCGGAUAUUUUUCCGGUGUAACGUUAGAGCUGGAAAUAGACGGUCCCGGUUGAUUGUAUAGUAGGUGAGGUGGCUAAAAAUAUAAUAACAGCACAUUUACAUUUGUAGCUAACAGUUGUAAGAACAUUGUAACAAAUGUUUACCAACUCUACACCGUAAUUUAACUAGAUAGCUUAACUUAACUAUUUAACUUCAUGCUACUAAUACUUGCUAAAUUCUCUUCAUGUAUUUAACACACAUAACAAACAUGAGAUAUGAUAGAAAUAAGUUAAAUAACAUUGCCAGAAAAGUAGCAAGUCAAACAAACAAAACGACACGACAUCUAGUGUUAUAGAGCCAACCUGGGACUUAGGAUCGGUCAGGACCACCCACACGGGGGCUAACACCAUCCCAGUGGCCUGUAAGCAUACUCUAGGUAGACGGACGGACGGGCACCAGAACCUCUGGGAUGAUACGGAAGAGCAGCAGUGGUACUGGAGGAGGAGAAGAAGAAGAGAAUAAUUCAAAACACCAACAGAACAAACAGCAUCGCGCCAGCAUCACCACCCAGGGCCCGUCUCGUCUCUCCAACAUGGGCCGGAGCUCCAGGACCACCAACCCACUGGGGAGUAUGGGGCUUGGGUCCACCGUGGUAGGAGCGCCUGGGGUAGAUCCGGACUAUGUGAUGCAGCUGGUGAAUGACGUACGGAGGUUUUCCGAUAUGCUGCUCAGCCUUAAAGAAGCCUUCCAUUCUGAAGAAAGCCACGAGGGACUCCCUCAGCGGGUACAGGAACGGUUGAGCGAGCUGCUCCGUGUUCUCAAGUCUGUCAUCGGCAAACACCAGACCCUCAACUCUGUAGACAUCCUCAGGGCUGCCGGCACCGUCAUCACUAAGGUCAAAGGCAUUAACUUCACGGAAGUGAACCAAGAAAAGAACAAGGUUAUAUUCAGCGAGAUAUACACGUCCAUUGACAGUUUGGCAUUCACAUUUGGCAAUGUAGUGUCUGACUUCCUUAUGGGAGAUGUGGACAGCCAAUCAGGGUUGGGGAUCCCCCAGACCAGAAGAAGCAGGUCUUUUGAGAACCUCUCUGUGGAUUCUGGGGGGUAUGUUCCAGAGAAGAAAGGUCUUGUGGGCCCAGAGGUGGCGCUGUCUAAAGAGGAGGAGGUUGACGUGAUCCUGCAGAAGAACGACAGCGGGGUGGAGUCAGCUCUGCUCUAUGCCAAGGCCUGGUCCAAGUACACCAAGGAUCUGCUGGCCUGGGUCGACAAACGCCUGGGACUGGACAUUGAAUGUGCCAAAAGUUAUGCCAAAAUGGCAGAAUCUGCAAAGACGCUCGCGAGUCAACAGGACUACAUGCCGUUCAGAGAUAUCUAUAUUUCUACGUUUAAGAAUGACAUUGAGUACAGCCAACUCCUCCUGCAGACUGCCACUGCCCUGCAGACCAACAAAUUCAUACAGCCGCUGUUGUCCAGAAAGACUGAGCUGGACAAACUGAGGAAAGACAUCAAGGAGCAGUGGCAGAGAGAACAGAAGAAAAUGCAAGAGUCCGAGGCGGCUCUGCGUAAGGCUCGGUGGACCCAGGCCCAGAGAAGAGACGAGUACCACAAGGCCCAGUCGUCAGCCAGCCGCUCCCAGGAGGAACAGUCCAAACAGCUGGACAAGAAGAGGAAACUGGAAGAGGAGGCUCUUCAGAAGGCUGAGGAUGCCAGAGACCAGUACAGAGUGUGUGUAACUGAUGCAGGGGCCAGGAGGGCAGAGCUGGCCAGCACCAAGACAGACAUCCUCACUCAGAUCAGAGAACUGGUGACUCAGUGUGACCUCACACUCAAAGCUGUGACAGUCAACUGGCUCCAGCUGCAGCAGGCCCAGACCGUGUCUCUACCCGGCCACUACCAGGCCCUGUGUGAAAACGCCAAGAUGUACGAGCCUGGACAGAGAUACGCAGAGUUUGUCAGAAAUCUUCCCAAAGAUCAGAUACACAUGGAGUCCUUCUCCGUUGAUGAACGGUUUCCGUUGUUCAACAAGCGUUCAACGGGCAGCACCAGUUCCCAUAGUAACCUGUCCCAGGUGUCCCUCAUCUCCGGUGACGUCCUGAGUGGCGACGAGGUGGAGAGUCCUCUGGGGUCACGACCUGGGGAAAGGUCCAACAGCGCCACGGACAUACAAGGUCUGAGAGGGGGACAGGGCCCGUUGAGAGCCUGGGCAUCAGGUGUCCAGGACAGGGGGAUGUGUAGUGACUCAGAGAGUGCUGGAGGCAGCAGUGAGUCCCAAUCCAUGGACUCCCCCACAGCGAGCCCAGGUGACUUUAAACGCAGACUACCCAGAACCCCCUCCACUGGCACUAUGUCCUCGGCAGACGACCUCGAUGAGAGACAGCCACCUUCACCCUCAGACAAUGGUCUGGGUGAGAUGGUGACAGAGACGGCCAGUUCCCCAGGUCCGUUUCGUAACGCCCAGAUGUCCAAGGCGUCUCAGACACACAAGCUGAGGAAACUCAGAGCUCCGUCUAAAUGCAGGGAGUGUGACAGUCUGGUUGUGUUCCACGGAGCAGAAUGUGAAGAGUGCUCCCUGGCCUGUCAUAAGAAGUGUCUGGAGACUCUGGCCAUCCAGUGUGGUCAUAAGAAACUGCAGGGACGACUACAGCUGUUUGGGAUAGACUUCACCCAGGCAGCGAAGAACAGCCCAGAUGGGAUUCCCUUCAUCAUCAGGAAGUGUACCUCUGAGAUCGAGAACAGAGCGCUCAACCUCAAGGGAAUCUACCGUGUGAAUGGGGCGAAGUCUCGUGUGGAGAAGCUGUGUCAGGCGUUUGAGAACGGCAAAGACCUGGUAGAGCUCUCUGACCUCUCACCCCACGACAUCGCCAACGUGCUCAAACUCUACUUGAGACAGUUACCAGAGCCGUUGAUCCUGUACCGUUACUAUAAUGACUUCAUCGGAUUGGCCAAGGAGAGCCAGAGGGUGAUCAUCGAAGAGAAGGCUAUAGCCAGGGUCCUCCAGGAACAGGGGCGGCCAGGGGGUGAACAACCCCGACCAGGAGGCACCCAGCCUGGGAUAGAGGGAGAGCAGCCUCCCCUGACGACCAGCCAACCUGGAGGAGGAGAGCUGCCCAAACAGCCCAGUAUCAAACUCAACAGAGUCAUCUUUAAGAUUAGAGACCUGUUACGACAGCUUCCUCCUGCACACUACAGGACCCUCCGCUUCCUCACGGCACACCUACAUAGGGUGACGGAGCAGGCAGAGGAGAACAAGAUGACAGCCAGUAAUCUGGGCAUUAUCUUUGGCCCUACGCUGGUCAAACCCCGACAGACUGACGCAGAGGUCUCCCUGUCUUCUCUGGUCGACUACCCCUACCAGGCUCUGAUGGUGGAGCUGCUGGUACGUCACUUCCAGGUGAUCUUUGACUUGUCCAGCCCCUCUUCCUACCCCCCCACCACCACCUCCUCCACGGUGGGCCAGUCCUCCCCCCGACUCACCCCUCAGGAGAAGGAGCAGAGACUCAGCCGCCACUCCACCUCCCUGCUCGACAUGAAGGAGCAGAGUGCCAAAGUCGACAAGAGGCACUCGUCAGUCAUCCAGUCCUCUCAAACCCUGGAUGAUGUGAGAGAGGUGAAGACAGACAGGACAGGACCAGACAGGAGAGAGUUAACAGCCGGCUCCUCCUCCUCUGCUGCUGGCUCCUCCUCCUCUGCUGCUGGCUCCUCCUCCUCUGCUGCUGGCUCCUCCUCCUCCUCUGCUGCUGGCUCUGCCUCGGUCCAGAGAUCUACCCUGGUGUUUGGCCGUCCCAGCCUCAACCUCUCCUCCUCUGCUACGGCCCCGAAGGUCCAGCUCCGGCCCCAGCGCGCUAGAAUCCUGUCUCGACCAAUCAGCAUGCCCCUGGAGCGCUUGCCCCUCCCCACACCCUCACAGGUGCUCGACAGAAACAGCCGUAACAACAACGCUGCCAUCACGUUAGAUCCCACCGCUAACACCAUCGUGGAGUCAGCCGAGCCGGAGAAGCCUCGGAUUGGUGGGGGGUCAAGGGUCAGUACCUAUUACAUCGACACCCAGCAGGCCGUGCAGCGGAGGCCCUGGGACAGGAAGUACAAACACUACGACGUCACGCCACGCACCGCCAUGAUCAUGGCUAACUUACCGCCGGCCGGUACUAACCCUGGCCCAAAACCGGGGAAACAGCUGACGAUGCCGACACAAAUGUCCGUGUCUGGGCCAACCAGCUCUGCUCUCCCAUCCAGUAGUAGUUUCAGCACUAUAUUCCCCAACAACCCAUACACAGUGUCGCUGAAGGCUGGCCAGGCGUCCACAAGAGACAGAGAGGAGACUAAGGACAGGCCUGCUGCUGGAGGUGGUGGGGAGACCAGAACAUCUACCAACUCCCCCAUAAAGUUCAGACAACCAAGGAUUCUGCAGCCUCCACCCGGAACCUUCUAUAAGCCGUCUGGUUAUUCAGGCGCCAGAGGCUGGCCAUCAUUAAGUACCUCUGGGACCACUAGCCUCACCAAAAUGUCCCCAACUUUUCCUACUGUUAAAGCCUCUUCCCAGACUUAUCCUACUGUUAAAGCCUCUUCCCAGACUUCUCCUACUGUUAAAGCCUCUUCCCAGACUUCUCCUACUGUUAAAACCUCUUCCCAGACUUCUCCUACUGUUAAAGCCUCUUCCCAGACUUCUCCUACUGUUAAAGCCUCUUCCCAGACUUCUCCUACUGUUAAAGCCUCUUCCCAGACUUCUCCUACUGUUAAAGCCUCUUCCCAGACUUCUCCUACUGUUAAAACCUCUUUCCAGACUUCUCCUACUGUUAAAGCCUCUUCCCAGACUUCUCCUACUGUUAAAACCUUCUCACCAACCUCCCCUACUGUUAAAACCUUCCCAACCUCCCCUACUGUCACUGCUCCUCUCCCCCUCUCUUCCUCCCAAUCCUCCAGCAUGACUUUCUUCUCUUCUCCUAUGGUUACCACCACCACCACCCCAUCCCCUACUGCCACCUACAUCCUUCAAACCUCACACCUCCCCACACACACCCUACAGGACUCUGUGGACAGCUCUGUUAGUGUUGACCCCGAGGUCACGACCUCCGCUGACCUUUCCCCCCGCCAGUCCCCUCCCCCCAGCAGCCCAGAGGACCCCAGCCCGCCCGAGGUCGUCCCGCUGCAACAAAGACUGAGACCCCGGCCCAGACCCGGCGCUCGCCUGCAGGAGUUAGAACACAGAGAGGCCCAUUUUGUCUGAACCGUAAAAGUAGACUUCAGUAGUCUGAUAUCAUCACACACAGACAGGGCCACACCAUUGGCCAAGACUACUGGUAUGUCUUUAAGAAUAGGGAGGGCAUCACUUGGGAAGAACCAAUGGUGGAACUGUUGGGAGAACGUUGAUGUCUGUAAGCAGGAAGUUGUCCCCACUGUGUAUGAUGAUGUCAUAUUGCUGUCUACCUUUGAAGCCAGAUAUAUUUUGUCUGUGUGUGUGUGUGUGUACAGUGUGUACAGUGUGUGUGUACAGUGUGUACAGUGUGUACAGUGUGUGUACACAGUGUGUACAGUGUGUGUACAGUGUACAGUGUGUGUGUGUACAGUGUGUGUGUACAGUGUGUGUGUGUACAGUGUGUACAGUGUGUACAGUGUACAGUGUACAGUGUGUGUACAGUGUACAGUGUGUGUGUGUACAGUGUGUGUGUGUGUACAGUGUGUGUGUGUGUACAGUGUGUGUGUGUACAAUGUGUACAGUGUGUGUGUGUGUGUACAGUGUGUGUGUGUACAGUGUGUGUGUGUAAAUAUGUUGUUACGGUGUAUCUCUGUACCAUAUUAUAUAUUGGGGGGAACAGUACUAUUAUAUUGACGCCAAGACAAGAUGUGUGAAAGGAACCCACUGAAAGUGUUACAUUACACGUGUUUAAUAUAUUCUAUGUUUACAGUCCUUACAAACAGAAGCAUGAUCUGUGACCGGUCGCUCCCUAGACAUGAACGGUCGCUCCCUAGACAUGAACGGUCGCUCCCUAGACAUGAACGGUCGCUCCCUAGACAUGAACGGUCGCUCCCUAGACAUGAACGGUCGCUCCCUAGACAUGAACGGUCGCUCCCUAGACAUGAACGGUCGCUCCCUAGACAUGAACGGUCGCUCCCUAGACAUGAACGGUCGCUCCCUAGACAUGAACGGUCGCUCCCUAGACAUGAACGGUCGCUCCCUAGACAU